AUGUCGACUUCGUCGCCCUCCGCGGCGGCCUCGAGCAGUCCCGCCAAUCUUCCACCGCUACGCUUUAUUUCCUUUGCCACCCUCGAGGGCGCCGAGCCGCCUGUGUUGCGCAUUAAGACCGACGAGGACGUCGACGCAUGGAAGCUGACUACCGGCUACCGCGACUUCGGUCUCUUCUUGCAGCGCCUCGCCGCGGCCGUCGUCGGUCAUUCUCUGCCCUACGCCGAUCCUGGGCCUGACCAAGCGGUCAGCGCGGUCGUCGGCGUGCUUGAUGUGCUCGACGGAUGGGUGGACGAGAUCCCGCCGCUGGCCACCCCCCAACGGUUCGGAAACCUUGCGUUCAGAACGUGGGGCAGGAGACUCGAAGAGGAGGCUGGUUCGCUGCUGAAGCGGCUGCUUCCCGCGGGGCUUGAGCGCGCCGUGCCGUUCAUCGAGCCGUACUUUGUGACCGCGUUCGGGUCGUUCAUUCGGAUGGACUAUGGCACCGGGCACGAGACCUCGUUCGCGCUAUUCCUGUUGUCUCUCACCCUUCUCCGGUUCCUCGCGCCGGAGCCCCGAGUAGAAAGGCAGAUCGUCCUGACGGUCUUCCUCCGCUAUCUGCGCCUCUGCUGGCGACUGCAAGACGUCUACAAGCUCGAACCGGCGGGGAGCCAUGGGGUCUGGGGCCUGGACGACUAUCACUUCCUGACAUACGUAUUUGGAAGUGCGCAGCUGCGAGAUCAAAGAGAAAUUCCAGUCGACGCGGUGCUCCGCCCGCCGCUGCCACCCACAAACCUAUACUUCAUGUCGAUCACGCGGAUACGCGAGGUCAAGUCGGGGCCUUUCCACGAGCACUCGUCUCAAUUGUUCUCUAUCGCCACCGGGGUCCAAUAUUGGACCAAGGUCCACACGGGGCUAUUCAAGAUGUACGAGGCCGAGGUUCUAGGCAAGCGCGUGGUGGUUCAACACAUUCCGCUCGGCGGAUUGCUGGAGUGGGACUCGCCGCGGACACAAAGCACCGCCGCUGCGUACACACCCGCACCUUUUGGAAGCCCAUACGGCGCGAGCGUGCCGACCCCUCCCAUGCCCACGUCGUACCCUUCGGCAGCUACUCGGGCUCCGACGUCGUUUCCGACGACUGUGGGCCAUGCUGCCCAUUCGGGGCCGCUGCGCCGUCCUGGCGUGGUAUCGGGAUCUCCUUUCCAGCCAGCGCGCAUGCCUCUGGGACCCACAGCGAGUAACACCUACCGGCCUAUGACCCGACCAGGCGUCAUGCCGGCGACGUUGGCCCCGCCACCUCCUCCACCUCCGAGUCAUGCAUCUGCCAGAGAGCACAGGGAGUCAUAA